AUGGAUACAUUACCUUCCAAACAAUAUCCAGUGACAAAACGAGUGAAAAUUCACCCCAAUACAGUGACAGUGAAAUAUACCUCCCAUUAUCCACAACCUGGAGAAGAAUAUGAAGGAGCUAGUGAAGACAAUGAUAGCUUUGAAGAAGAUAAUCCAAAGAGGAGGCUGCUGAGUGAUGGACGAAGGAAAGGAAGGUCCUUCUUUGGAACGAUUGACAUCCCUUCUCAGGCCACACAAAAGACAGACGCCAACAAGAGUGAGCAAGGACAAAGUUUCAUGGAAGGAAACAUUUUUCAAUCCAGAAAGACUUGGGCUGUGCUUUUGGGAUCUGCUUUGGCCCACGGUUGUGUAGCCCUGAUAACUAGAUUAGCUUCUGAUCGUUCCAAAGUGCCAUCUCUAGAACUGAUCUUCAUUCGAUCUGUCUUACAAGUGUUUUCUGUCUUAGUUGUAUGCUAUUACCAAGAAGACCCUUUUGGACCAAAAGGCCACAGAUUGCGACUGUUUUUCUAUGGAGUGUGCAAUGUUAUUUCCAUUUCUUGUGCUUACACAUCCUUCUCAAUAGUACCUCCAAGCAAUGGGACUACAAUGUGGAGAGCAACCACCACAGUCUUCAGUGCCAUUCUGGCUUUUUUACUAGUAGAUGAGCGCAUGGCUUGUGUUGAUGUAAUUACUGUGCUGAGUAGUGUUUUUGGUGUUUGUCUGGUCAUGAUCCCCAACAUCGUUGAUGAAGAAAGUUCUCUGCUGAAUAUCUGGAAGGAGGCCUUUGGUUACACUAUGACUGUUUUAGCAGGCGUAACCACUGCUCUCUCCAUGAUAGUAUACAGAUCAAUUAAAGAUGAUGUCAGCAUGUGGACAGCACUGUUUACCUUUGGUUGGACUGGCACACUGUGGGGAGCUUCUACCAUGUUUUUUCUUCAAGAGCCAAUUAUUCCACUGAAUGGAGAAAGCUGGGGCUAUCUCAUGGGCAUCUGUCUGUGUUCCACAGUGGCUUUUCUGGGUGUCUAUUAUGCCUUGAGCAAAUUCCAUCCAGCCUUGGUCAGCACAGUACAGCAUCUGGAGAUUGUGAUAGCCAUGGUCCUUCAGCUUCUUGUCUUACGCAUCUUUCCCAGCAUUUAUGAUAUGAUUGGGGGAGCUAUUAUAAUAAUCAGUGUAUUUUUUCUUGCAUGUUAUAAACUGUCUUGGAAGAAAGUAAAAAGGCAAGAUUAUCAAGAGAUACUGGAUUCUUCCAUUAAGUGA